CGCUCUAGCCGAGGCAUGCGGAGAACAUAUUCCGUUGACUUGGGUCAGUUGGGUCAGCUCUUUCGAACGAUACCGCCGCGCCUGCUGCGCCUCGAUCGACGUGAAGUUGUCGCGAGUCGCACACGCUCCCACCCGUCAUCGUUCUCAUCCGCCGCCGCCACUGCGUUCCGACGCGGAUGUGAUAAAAGCUCGCUACUGUCGUUGCCGGCCAGUCGCCGCGAAACAUCUGAAGACUUGUUUGUACCUGUAUAUCACGCCUUGUUCGAUUCCGCGCUUCACGCUUCAUUCUCGAUCGGACGAUUCUACAGUAGCUGCGAAAGAUCGACCGACGAGAUGGCCAGCCCAGUGAGAGAUCCCGCCUCUGAACAGCUGAACAAUUACAAGAAGACACUCAAGGGUGAAGCUCUUGUAUUACUAACCGCCAAUGGAGCGCCGAUUGCUGAGAAGAAGGCCAGCCUCACGGUUGGCCCACGUGGGCCCAUGUUGCUGCAAGACUUCGUUUACCUGGAUGAAAUGUCGCACUUUGCUAGGGAAAGAAUUCCAGAACGAGUUGUGCAUGCGAAAGGAGCUGGUGCGUUUGGCUACUUUGAAGUUACUCAUGACAUCACUAAGUAUUGCAAAGCCAAAGUGUUUUCUAGUAUCGGAAAAAGGACUCCUAUCGCCAUAAGAUGUUCCACUGUUGGUGGCGAAAGCGGUUCUGCUGACACUGUUAGAGAUCCACGAGGGUUUGCUGUAAAGUUUUACACAGAAGAGGGUAUUUGGGACCUUGUGGGCAAUAAUACGCCUAUCUUCUUUAUUAAGGAUCCGCUCUUUUUCCCGAGUUUCAUACAUACGCAAAAGAGAAAUCCAGCGACUCACUUAAAGGAUGCUGAUAUGUUUUGGGAUUUUAUCUCCCUCAGACCCGAAACGACGCAUCAAGUUAUGUUCCUUUUCGGUGAUCGGGGCAUUCCCGACGGAUAUCGUCAUAUGAACGGCUAUGGUUCACAUACAUUCAAACUUGUGAACAGCAAGAACGAAAUGGUCUACUGCAAAUUCCACUACAAGACUAAUCAAGGAAUUAAGAAUCUUCUUGCAGAGAAGGCUGGCGAGCUCAGCGCUUCUGAUCCUGAUUAUUCCAUUAGAGAUCUUUACAAUGCUAUUGCUAAGGGCCAAUAUCCAUCCUACACACUCUAUAUCCAAGUGAUGACCACUGAACAAGCAAAGACCUUAAAGUGGAAUCCGUUUGACUUGACGAAGGUGUGGCCACACAAGGAAUAUCCGCUGAUACCCGUGGGUAAAUUGGUACUGGAUCGUAAUCCCGAGAACUAUUUCGCCGACGUGGAACAAAUGGCUUUUGAUCCAGCGCACAUGGUACCUGGUAUCGAACCAAGUCCCGAUAAGAUGUUGCAAGGCCGUCUUUUCGCGUAUGGCGACACUCAUAGGCAUCGCCUGGGACCGAAUCAUCUCCAAUUAGCAGUGAACUGCCCUUAUAAAGCAAUUUCCGCGAUGCAUUACCAACGAGAUGGUUUCAUGCCGAUACACAAUCAUGGUGGCGCACCGAAUUAUUAUCCAAACAGCUUUUCUGGACCGAAAGAGUGUCCAGUCGCUCGUUCGCCGCCGUACCACGUAAGUGGAGAUGUGGAUCGUCAUGAUCCCGUGGACGAGGAUGACUUUGGUCAGGCUACUAUUUUCUGGAAGAAGGUUCUUGACGAGUCAGCCAGAGAGAGAUUAGUAAAUAAUAUGGUCGCGAGUCUGCGCAAUGCUUCGACGUUCAUCGUCGAGCGAGCUGUACGAAACUUCGGUCGCGUGGAUGUCGAUCUCGCUCAAAGAUUAACGGAUGGCUUACGAAAAUGCGGAAUGCAAAUUAACGCCUUGGGAAAAUCGGCCAAUCUCUGAAGAUGAUUCAUCACUCUUUCGUUUUGUAUUGUAACAUAUUCUAUUAUACUACCAAAUACGCAACAAAUACGUACUAAAUGCAGGGUUGGGAAAGUUACUUUGUAUAAAUAAAUAACUAGUUACAAUUACAGUUUUUUUUAUUGAAAAA